UUUGCCUUUUGUGACACCUCCAGAUUGUUGCACUUAAUGCUGAUUGUUAUUACAGAGUGGAGUGCCGGUAUCAAACGCUGCUAUUGAAAGUUGGGUCAUAAUGUGAAGUUCAGACUUCACAGGCUGUUUACAAUUAGUGCCUUUUGAUGCAUUCCUCUGUAAUCUCGCUCUCCUUUUGAAAGUACGAUUCAGUAUUGAUAUAAAUGAAGGGAAUUGGCCUUUGUUUUUAAAGCCAUACCUGUGGCUUUUGAUUGAUGGAUGGAAACUGUACGCUAGAUUUAUAUAAUGUAGACUUGUUUAAAACCUCACUCCUGAGGUUAUAGUUUCCCCAAAGACUUCAGCAGUAUUUUGUAUCAACAGUCAGAAUGGCGAUCCACAUAGUGGAAAAGCCUCAUCUCUGUUGGAUAACCAUGAAACGUUAUUUGUGAACAAGGGAUGAUAAAGUAAAUCCAGGGCUUUUUUUCCCUCUUUCAGGGACAUCCUCAUUGACUUCGGCCAGGUUGCGGUGCUGGUCAGUGAAGGGGGAGAUGAGGGGGAGCCCUUCUUAUUCUAGUAAAGAUUCUGCCUUUUGGCAGCUUUUACGCUGCACUGGCUGAUCCUUCCAGGAAGUGAGGGGGUGGGGGGGCAAUAAGGAGCCCUCCCCGCAGAGCCCCAGCAUGUACCACGGCUGCAUGCUGAGCCCAAAUCAAAGGGGGCAGUCUGUCCUUAGACUGAGGGAGAGUGAGUCCGCUGCGUGCGACCAGAGAGACAUGGUUGGUAGCCAGUGAGUCCAGCCUUUCAGAUGAAGAGCCUUCAGUUCCGGAGCAUCGCCCCCAAGGCCCCGGCCGUGAUGCCCUCUCCCUCCCCUGCGGUCCUGUCCUGCCAGCCUCCCUCUGCCCUCCCUGAGGCUACCACCGCCUCCAGCCCAAAGUCCAUCAUUGUGCCCACCCAAAACUAUGCACUGAUGCAAAUAGCAGGUCAGGAUGGCACGUUCUCUCUGGUGGCAUUGCCCCCUUCUGUGUCCUCUCAGACGCCACAGCAACAACAGCAACACGCCCCAAAGAACCUCAAGUUGCCCAUUCCCAGAUACCAGCCAGUGAGGAGCAAGGGGACCACAGAUACGGUCAAGUCACCACCACUAUCUGGGAGGGUGAAAACAGCCUCCAAGGUUGCUGGGACAGUGCAAACCAAGUCAGUUGUAAGUGGGGCAUCAACAGUGAUGAAGAAAAAACAACAAGAGUGCAAGCACACAAAGGACAUCCUCGUGCCCAAAGAGGAGCCUUCAGAGCAGGUACUUCUGAUUGACCCAGCCUCCUCUGACAUCGCUGUCACUGCUGUGCUCCCAGACAAUGCUGUCCUGUACCCAGGCUCUCAGUUAGAACGAGCACAAGAUGGCUCUGAACGACCUAUUCCAACUAGUCUUAUUCAGAAUCUCCAGUACCCCCCUGCUGCUGUCAAAGGCUCCGCUGGCAAAUCCCAGGAGGAGAGUAAGAAUACACUGAGGCUGUGCCAAUCUAAGUUAGCUGCAGUCCAGCCCCAGAGCUGUAUCACUGUCCUGUCCUCAGCCAUCUUCAGCAAAGCAGUCCAAAUUAUCCCGUCUCCACCUAAAGGUAAACUGCCCAUUCUGCCCUACUCUAAAAUGAAAAGCAGCCUUAUCCCAGCUGCCAAGCUCAGCAAUUUGUCCCCAGAGAAGGAUACUGGACUCAACAGCCCCCUAGAUCCUACAUCCAAGACCCUUGAGACCGCUGACGCCUUGGGUCACAACCAGGUGCCAAAAUCCACUCCACAGCCCCAGGCCAAGACCACACUCAUGCCUGUGUUGGGAACCCUCCAGAAACCACCUGGCAAGAAGAGGGGGAGGAAGAGAAAGACCAUGGAAGACAUAUUGGCAUUUGAGGCCAGAAAGAAGAGGUCUUUGUCUUUCUUCAGUAGAAGGGUCCCAGAAAAACCACCAGCAGUUGUUCCAGGCUCCAAACAAAAGGAGGUUGAUAUUUCAAAGAAGUACCGCAGCAUCCGACCCAAGCCCAUGUUGGUUAUGGAGACAGUUCCCCAACUGGUUAGUUUGCCUGCCAUUACCCCUGAUGGCCAAGAACAGGAGCUUGUUCUUGGUCAUCAGCUCCCCACCACCACCACCACAGCCAAGGCCCUGGACUGUCCUCCCCAACCAGCCCCAGUAACCCUCCACCUGAGAGGUGCCUCCCAUUCGCGAGUGUUCAUAGGCAGCCGUCCACUCCACCGUUGCCCCACAUGCAGCCGCUGUUUUCAAUUCAAGCAUCACCUCCAGAGCCACAUGAACAGCCACACUAACAGCCGGCCCUACGUCUGCCCAGUCUGCCGCAAAGCGUACGCUCACUCUGGUAGCCUGAGCACCCACAUGAAGCUUCACCACUCCGACGUACGCCCACGUCGGUCUCUGAGCUGUGAGUUCUGUGAGAAAGCAUUUGGAUAUGUGGGGGUUUACUUCAGUCAUUUGAGAGAGGUGCACAAGGUGGUGCUGACCGUGGAGCCGUCCAUCAGCCAACAUGAGGAUGACAUGUCUGUGGAGGGGUUCAACUCCCCAAAUCCAUCAGAUGAGCAGGAUCACGAAGACCCUGUGGAGCUGCAGAUUAAAUGUGGCCGCUGCCAGGCCAUUACUCCCACCUUUGCUGACAUGAAGAUGCACUUGCUGCAUGUGCACGGGGAGGAGUCCCAGGUUCCAGUUCAUGAUGGCCAAUCAGUGCGCGUUGGCCGCGAUGCUGAGAAUGAGUUAGUAAAGCAUGCCGCCCACUACUGGCGACAGCUCAACGAGAAGCGCAACCUGGUCAAGUGUGGCAGCUGCGACGAGGAGUUCUUCUCCUUCUCCAAGCUUAAGAGGCACAUUAUGUCCCACCACUGUGGAAGAGGGGGGGAGGACAGCCAGAUCCUUGCAUUACCAGAUAGGGGUGGAGGCCUUGGGGUCCUUGCAGCAGGUGCUGCCUUUAACUGUGUGCUUUGCAGCGAGGUGUUGGACACUAAAGAGGGGGUUAUGGAGCACUGGAGGAGUCGCCACCACUGUGAGCAGCCCUGCCUUCUGUGGGAUGCACUGAGCUCCUUCUCCGGCCAGGAAGAGGCUGAGGCAGACGGGGACCUGGACACUCCUGCUCCAAGCCCACACUAUCCAGCCUAGCCCUUAGAUGGACAUUGAGCCCUUUACGGGGACUCCUUCUCACACACACUGAGUCCUAACAAUCAGCAUCACAGGGAUGGAGAGUUUCUGUUAUGUCUUGUACCACUAGUUUCAUCUCUCAACAGUUGAGGCAUUUGACCUGUUAAAAAAGAAAAGUAAAAGGAUAUUAAACCAAUGGUGAAAAUUGAUCUCAGUGUUACAAUUCAUAAGGGAUAUUCUCUCAAGUUCAGAGAAUCCAAUUUUAUAGAUAUUGUUAAUGUUUUUUUGUCUGGUUUUUGGACAUUUUGUUUGAAGGUAUGUAUUUAAUUUCCUGUUUGGAUUAUUUUUUUCUACUGCUUAUUUAAAUCUUGUUAAAAGGUUCAUUUAUCUGACACAGUAAUACUGUCAAAGGGGGAUUUCUCCCAAAUUCUAACAUCUUAUGGUAUCUAGCCAUGCAGAUAAUGCGUUAGCACUGGAUAUCUCACACAUGCGACAUGGUCGAGUCGUGAUACCAACAAAGACCAUGCAAUGGUUUAUGGUGCUGCUCCCAGUACAAAAACCUGAUGUCAUCAAGCAAUCUGUUCCCUCUUCUUUUUUUUUCGCAAUUGAGUAUACUGAUCGCAGGUCAAUUUGGCUUGUCGCUUAUAGCUCCAUAACCUGAGGGUUGGGGCUUAGUUUUUAUCGUCCAUCAGAGACCAGUUUUACACCAAAUCUCACCAUUACGGUUCAUGCUGAACUACUGCUAGACCGGUGAAUAGACAGACGGCUCGCCGUGCUCUUUGCUACCUAAAAACUGGUGUUUGCGUCAUGCUGUGCUUAAUGCAAUCCUAGAACUGGUGGGAUUGAACACGUUUUUAAAGGUUGGACCAAUCGAAAUGUUGCAGGUGGCAGAUGUUGUCCUGUCAGUUUCACAGGGGGCCUGAUCUGUGUCAAUAGAUCACAAUGAUGCCUAUUUUCACAUACCACACAUUACACCACAGGCAGUUCCUGAGGUUGGCCUUUACAAGGGCAGGCUUACCAAUUCAAACUGAUGUCAUUCGAUCCCUCAGGGUCUUCUGUACUUAUGUCCCCUUCAAACGUUAUGGUGUCCAGCUUUUGUUGCUGGACAUUGAGGCCUUGGAGGGGGGACCUGUGUCUGAUCAAUGUGGUUCUUUUGGGAGUAAUUCCUUCAUGUCAAGAGGUUGUGGAGACCGGCACCUCUCUUGGGCUGUGGUGCAGUCUGUCAGCGCAAGACUAUCAAAGGCCAAUGGAGCGUGUAGCAAAGAUUAAAUCACAUAUACAGAGAGAUAUCUGACACUACAGCUUUUUGUCCCGGUUUUGAAGGACAAGCAUGUUCUCAUCUGGACAGACGGCAUCGCUGCAGUUUAUCAUAUCGUUCAUCAGGGCGUCAUCAGGUCCAGGCCGUGUCUGCAAGUGUCACGACAGCUUCUCACGUGUUCAUUUCCCCAUUUCCUGAACCUGAGGGCAAUUCCUCUCCCAGGCGCCGAGAACAGGGCACUAGAUGUGCUCUCCUGCCACAGAAAGACUGGAGACUCCACCCAGAGGUAGUGAGAUUGAGCUGUGGUUUCCAGUACUUCUGAAACUGCUUCAUGGGCAGCCAUGGUGCCUCCCAAGGAAACCAGACCUCCUUACUCAUCUUGAGUGACACAUAUGUAUCUGAAUCACCUUCUGCUGUGUUGAUCUGGCUCUACAGAGCUAAAGCUCCACCGUCUGGCGGUCAGAAAGAAUGAAAUGGAUGUAGAGUUGAGAAUGUAGUGUGAGGGAACAGAUUCCACGAUGGCAUCCGGGUUUUGCAUUGGGCCGUGGGCCGUGCGCCCUACGUCAUCUCAUGGUCGCAGGGGUCUUUGUUGGUAUGACAACUUGAUGUGAGCCUGACCGUGAUCCAGAACGAAAAAUCUCAUUUUAGGAACAAGUUUUUGAGAUCUGUGCUGAGAGUUCUGCCUCCACCUCGAUUUAAAAAAUAAAAUAAAAUAAAUGACAUGCUAAAAUGUUAAUGACAACAUCUUAUUGUGGAAAGUGGUAUCCCUGUCACUCUGGAUUAUCCAGAGGAAAUUUAUUUUUGAGAACCACAAAUUUAAUUCCAUUCACCUCAUUUCAUAGGGCCCGAGGCAGAAAUCUCAACGAUCUCCUUUACCUCAACUGAAACUACCAAAUGUCCAUGGCUAGAUGGCACGAGGGGAAUAUAACAUGUUUGUUCUUUUAUUUGGGUGGACUGACCCUUUUUAAAAUACUGAGAAAUUUCAAUCUCAUAACAAGGGCACACUGUCUACUGGCGCACUGGCUGACAAUUAAUCUAUUGGCCUUGGACUAUUACGGUUUGAAAUAAAUCAGUAUGUGCACACAAUUCUUUUAUGUAAUAUUGCUCCUGUUACAGAAGAUCAAUAUUUCAGUUAUGACUUGAACUUUCACAGUCUGAUUAAGGGCAGUAUUUGGGUCCUCUAACAGCCCGCAUCCAUGAAGGAACACUUUCCUAACCAGCAGCCAAGUGACAUCCUCGUGGCCUUCUGAAAAACACCUGUGUUGAUGCGUAGUGUGGCUUACCGUCAGUGUGGUCCUCUGUAGGCCAAGUUCUCUUUGACUUGUUGAUUAAUGCCUAUUUGUGUAUUCUGUGAUAUGCCAAGGGUCUAUUCACACUAGUGAUUGUAGAAGUGAGUUUUGCAUUAAGCUUUUUAACCACUGACAGAAUAUUUUUUGUUGACUUCGUCAAUACGCAAAGGAAACCAUCGAAUUGCCUACCUGUUUUGCCAGCUUGUGUACGCACCUGUGGAAUUGUGUGCACCCAUACUCUAUUAUUAGAGUGAAUAUAAACUGUUGUCAAGUCCAGCAAAUAUGCUAUUUUAUACUCUAGAUUAAUACAGAGGUCUUUUAGUAUAUUUAUGUUGGUCCUUAAAGAGCUAGCACGGAGACUUUUAUUUUGUCUGCUUCUUCUAAGUUGGAGAUGCUUAAUAUCUUGUUUCUUGAUAGGAGGCCAUUACUACAUGGCAAGUAUCUCUGCUAAUAUUUGUCUGUGUUUAUCUUUCAUAUGAAGAAAAAAAGAGCAUCACAGGGUCCAGUGAAUGUACCUGAAUGUUUUCAAAGCCCUACCA